AUGGCAGGGAUUCGCGUCAUUGUGUCUCAAAAACGAGAUGCUACAAAAUUUCAAGAUGGUCUAAGUCUUAAUUGCGAAAUAAAAGAUGUAGCUGAGAAUGAUGAGUCCAAUUUUUUUAAAGGAGCGAAGUGGUCUCCAGAUGGAACAACAAUUCUUACAUCUAGCGCUGAUAACACCAUUCGAACAUUCAUAAUUCCACCAAGCCUUCUUUCUGCCAAUGAGCCAAUAUCUCUCACACCCUACACCCAGCACAAACAUCCGACGCCUGUCAACGGCUUCUAUCCAUACCCAAACUUCUGCCUCGCCUCGCCCGCCUCAACGCUAUAUUUAUCCACUCCUACUAACCUUCCUAUUCGUCUUCUCAAUGCACUCUCGCCGUCUACCUCUCCGUUAAGCUCAUAUUUUCUUACCUCAUUGACAACAGAAUCCUAUUUGACGCCCGCAUCAAUCACUUACUCAUCAGAAACAACUUUCCUGACCGGAACCGAAUGUCUCAUUUCGCUCUUUGAUCUAUCACGAAAUGGUGCCGGGCCUCUAACACGCCUGCCUACUAUACCAAGUAAGAGACACCGGUGUAAAGGAGGCGGAGUGGGAAUGCGAGGUAUAGUAUCGACUCUCGCAAUGUCAUCCACAGAAGGUUAUAUGCUAGCCGCAGGAACAUGGACUCGAUGGGUCGGCUUAUACGACGCGGGUGGGCUUGGAGGGACAAUUGCAACUUGGAGUGUAGCUGAUGCUGCUGAUAACGUUGCAGGAAUCCUUGGAAGUGGUGUGAGUGAGGUUAUUUGGAGCGCUUGUGGUCGGUAUCUGUGUGUUGUAGAGCGUAUGAGCCGUGGUAUUUUGGUUUAUGAUGUGAGAGUGACGGGUAAACUAUUAGCCUGGUUAGAAGGAAGAGAAGCACGCACAAAUCAGCGCCUAAGUGCAGAAGUUUUUCAGUCUGACUCGGGAACUGAGGUGUGGGCAGGGGGAACUGAUGGUGUUGUUAGAGUUUGGGAUGGGGUUGGAAAAACCGCAGGAUCAGUCCUUAGAACUUGGGAGUUCGAAGCGCAUGACAGUCCUGUGACGGCUACUAUUGUUCACUCUUCAGGUAGCGUUGUUGCUACCUGCUCUGGCGAGAGAUCGCCACUGAAAAUAGACGAAUUAAGCGAGGAAGGAUAUAAUAUGUCAAGCUUCACCUUAAGAGAUGAAAGCUCUUUUAACCCAACUGCACAAGUGGUUCAGGAUAAUACUCUUAAAAUUUGGCGAAUUUAA